AUGGCUGCGGGCAGGAAGGACUGGUCGGCGCUGUCCAGCCUGGCCCGGCAGCGGACACUGGAGGAUGAGGAGGAGCAGGAGCGUGAACGCAGGCGGCGCCAUCGCAACCUGAGCACCACCACGGAGGAGGAGUCUCCCAGGCUUGCCCAGAAUGGAGACCAGCAGGCAACCGAGAGGCUGCCAAGUGUGGAGGAAGCCGAGACUCCCAAGCCAGCACCCUCAGCCCCCCAGGAUGAGGAGGAUAUCCAGGCCAUCCUGAGGACGCGACGGGAGCGGCGGCAGAGACGGCAGGCAGUGGAGACCACUGGCCAGGAGAGGCUGGAGGCAGAGGAAGGAAGGGACAGCGUGGAUGCCGGGCAGGCUGCACCGCAAGCCCCGGUGCCCAGCAAGGACCCGGAGCCGCUGCCUCGUCACAGACUGAGCCGGGAGCAGCGGGCACUGUGGGCGAAGAGUGAGGAGGAGAGCCCAGCAGACAGGGAGUCAAGAGCAGGCAAGAAGGGGGUUCCAGAAGAGACCCCAGCCUCAGAAAAGUCCCCUGUGCUGGAGAAAACCCCGGAAAAGAGACUGGUCUCUGAGAAAACCUCCACCUCUGCAAAGGCGUCCAUCCCAGAGAUGACCCCUGGGCCCAGGAAGGGCACAGAGCGGGAGAAGGGAGGCCAGCCCCUGGAGAAGGCGCAUCUGCGAGAGAUGAGCCGUACGGAGACACUGGCAGCCCCUGAGAAGGCCUCUGUGUUGGCAGCGAAGUCAGCUUUAGAACAGCCAAAGGUCUUGGAGAAGGCACCGGCCAAGCUGGCCUCCAGCAGGAAGCUGGUGUCGGAGAGAGCCUCCAUCUUUGAGAAGUCGCUGGUCUCUGACAAGUCCUCCGCUGCAGAGACCAAGCGGGGAGCAGCGUCUGAGCAGGAAGCCCCUCGGGGGAGCGCAGCCACAGCCAAGGAUCAGAGAGGAAGACCUUCACCCAGGGAGAACUCACCUUCUGACCCGCCACCUGUGGCAUCUCGUCUCCCACCCAUCACGCUCCAGGUGAGGAUCCCAAGCAGAGAGGAAGAGGUGGAUGCAUCCUCACCAUCCCGGCUCACCUACAGCAGCUCGCUCAAACGCUCCAGCCCCAGGACCAUCUCCUUUCGGAUGAGCCCCAGGAAAGAAAAUUCAGAAUCACCCUUUACCCGCAGUGCCAGCAUGAGACUCCCCGCCAGCUCUGCCAGGUUAGGAGAGAAAUUGGAAAGAUACCACACGGCCAUUCAGAGAUCCGAAUCCGUCAAGUCUCCAAGCUCCUCCCGUGCUGAAGUCUUUGUGGCCCCUUCUGGAGUGGCCAGCAAGCGCCACCUAUUCGAGAAGGAGCUGGUUGGCCAGGGCCGAGCGGAGCCAGUUUCCAUCAGGAAGGAGAACUUGAGGCUCUCAGGAGUAGUGACAUCGAAGCUCAACCUGUGGAUCAGCCGGACCCAGGAGUCCGGGGAGCAGGACCCCCAGGAGGUGCGGAAAGAGGCGACCACAGCCAGCAAGACUCAGCGGGGGAAGAAGCCAGAGACUUCCUUGGACGUGGAGGUGUGACAAGCCUGUGAGUCUGCGUUGGUGUCCAUGGCCCACCCUCCUGCAGGCCCCUGCCUCCUGCAGCUGCACCUUCACCCCGCCUCUUCCUGUGCUUGCUCCCUUCAAGCCUCUGGACCUGCCUGGAUCCCACUGACUAGGAGCAUCAGACUCUGUAAACCCUCCCCUGCUCAGCCUCAGCAUGGAGUGGGGUGGGGGACAGGUGUGCUGUGACCCCUUCUAUGGUACAACAGAGCCUAGGCCCCUGCAUCAGUCCUGGGCAUAGCACUGUGAGGCCCAGCAUCCUGCCCAGUCUCAGAGCACGUGGGGCGCCUCUGCUCACCUGUUUCCACCAGGUGCAUCCAGAUGUGGCUCUGGCCCACCCACUACAGUCCCUGAGGGCUGCUGCCACCA